AAAAAAAAAAAAUUAAAAGAAAGCCUGGUAUAUAAAGAACCCAGCGCUUUUUUCUCCACUUUAUACAAAUUAUACUUUUUUCUUUUAAUUUCCUUUCUUUUUUUUGUUGAAUGUCGAUUCACGAAGAAAAAACAAUAGAAAAGCAACAUUCCUUCAGUGAUAUUGGAAGUGAUCAUGAUUUUGAAUACGGUGCUGAAACGACCUUAGACAUCAAUCGUGAACACGCUGGUUCAUCAAAGCUUGCAUACUUCAACGUCGUAUGUGUAGUCGCCGGUACCGGUACUCUCGGUUUACCACAAGCGCUUCAACAAGGCGGCUGGAUCGGCUUGUUAGUUAUUUUCCUAUCUUGGGCAAUGUCUACCUAUACCGGUAUCAUCUUGGUCCGCUGUCUUUAUGCUAACGGCAAAAAUCGUCUCAACACUUACAAGGACGUUGCCACAGCUGCCUUUGGUUCCAUUGGUGGUUGGAUCACAUUUUUCUUUAAUGCCUGGAUUGUCGUCGGUGUUCCUGUUCUCUAUACAGUCCUUGCUGGUUCCAACUUUAAUCAACUCUGUAAAGGAACAGCUGGUGAGAUUGGUCAUGUUCCAUGGACUAUUAUCUGUUGUUUUAUUGUCGCCGUUCCCUUUAUCAUUGUUAAAUCGAUGAAAGAAGUCGCCUGGAUGAGUGCCUUUGGUGCUCUUGCUACAGCCAUUGUUGUCGUCAUUGUCUUGAUCUGUGCAGCAAUUGAUAGAAAAAAUCAAAUCAACGUUCACCAUGACGCUGUUAUUUGGAACAUGUUUCCUAUCGCCUUAAGUACCAUCUCCUUCAGUUUCGGUGGUAAUGUCAUUUACCCUCACGUCGAAGCCUCCAUGAAGCAACCCAGAGAUUGGCCCAAGGUCGUUGCUUCUGGUCUCAGUACCUGUGCUGUCCUUUACUUGGUUACUGCUGUCACUGGUUACUUGGUAUACGGUGACAGAGUUGCAAAUCCUGUUUAUAACUCAAUUCCCGCUGGCGCAGCUCAAAUGGUUGCCGUUGUCAUCAUCACUCUUCACGUCCUUAUGGCCGCUCCUCUUCUCAUCACCUCAUUCUCCCUUGAUCUUGAAGAGAUGUUUGAUAUCACUGUUGACCGAUUUGGCAAAGUCAAGGAAUUCUUCAUUCGUGCAACCCUCCGUGUCUGCUUAAUUGUCUUUGUUGGUGUCAUCGCUUGUGUCGUACCCCACUUUGGUCCAUUGAUGUCUCUCAUUGGUGCCUUUGCCAACUGUGCAUUGAUCUUUAUUUUCCCUGUCGCUUUCUAUUUGAAACUCACAGGUUUCCGUAACAAGCCUAUCUAUGAACUUCUCUUCUGUUUCCUCGUCGCUGUCCUUGGUAUCGUUGGUCUCAUCUUUGGUACACAGGAAGCCAUUAAAGAAUUGAUUGCUGCGUUCAAAUAGACUUAGAUAAAGAAGCUCUAUAACGCCUCCUCUCUUUUUUUCCUUGUUUCUUCAUUUCCUUAAUAUGUACAUAGUCUCUC